AAUUUCAAAAUCUCGUCCAAUUAUUACUGCUUAUUCACAAGAAUUACAGGAACAAGUUGAAAUUGAGUCUCCGAUAAAUGAUGAACCUCCAAAAAAAAAUAUAAUUUCUCAUGAUGACAUAAUCAUACCUACUUUAGCAAAGAAAUUAAAAAUGAACGGACAAUUACCUUAUUCUAAUCAUGAUGCCCUGUUAGGUGUUAGUGAUGAACCUGAUAAAGUUAAACCAAAGCCAAGACCAGAAUCUGGAUAUAUGGAUAUAACUGAUCAAGUUGAAAAUCUUUUUGAAGAUAUAAUUGAUCAAGUUGAAAAUGAACAACUAACGGUUACGAAAAAGCGUGCGUCAGUUGUAUCUCAACGACGUCGACGACGAUCCACUCCCAGAAGGCCAACAAGGAGAUCACGUCCAAAUUCUCAAAGGAAUAGUAAAUCAUUUAGUGAACAUUAUGUACAAACUGAUGAAAUAAUGAUCCCUUCUACAGUGGAAGAUGAACCUUCUAAUGAUGAUGGUGUUAGAAAACGUAAUAGAAAAUCACGAAGAGAAGAAUAUGUGUUCUUAGUUAGGGAUGAAGAAGAAGAAGAUGAAAUUAAUACUGAGCCGAUAACAUAUUCUGAACCACCGACGUCAACUACACCACCACCACUUCCUCUUGAACAAGUACCUGUUGAGCAAAAUGAGAUAUUGGCGGAUACUAACAACGAUUCGUUAACGGCACAAUACGAAAGGCAUAAUAUCACGGUUCAUCCAGUUCAAUCAAAUGUCGCACCUGUCGCAUUGAAACUUGAGAGAACUUUAACUAAGACGAUAGGGGAUUGGUUCUUUUAUUUCGGAUUCAUUAAAUGUGGGCUGUGA